AUGCCGACUUUCCCGUGCACCAGUCUCACAUUGUGCGAGGAGCUGACUGUAGCAGUCUACGGCGGUCAUUUAUAUGUUCUGCAAACAGAGUCAGGCAAGCAUGUAGCAUCAACCGCUAGCAACACAUCAGAAUCCAAGCCUCCAAUUCGUCAAGUCGCGCUCUCUCUCAAGCGGAGACGUCUUGUGACGAUUGACGAACAAAAGUCUCUCAAAGUGUGGGACGUCGACCGCCUGGAUCUUCUCAGCUCGAGAGAAAUACCUAAAAAGGCGAAUCAGCUAUUGAUCACGCAAGACGAGACCAUUCUCGUCGCAGACAAAUUCGGCGAUGUAUUCUCAUAUCCAAUGGAUGCACCUGAAAUCCCGCCUCCUGUGCCCAAGCCCAAAAACUCGUUGGAGAAUCGUAAAAGCGUCGCCUCGCAUUCGAAUCCGUCACUAGGCACGCUCAUUGUGGGACAUACAUCGAGUCUAUUGAGCAUGACUCUGAGCAGGGACGAGCGUUUCCUCGUUACUGCGGAUCGAGAUGAGCAUAUUCGAGUCAGUCAUUAUCCUCGAGGGUACAACAUUGAACGCUAUUGCCUUGGGCAUACAAAAUAUAUAUCCGCUAUCCAUAUCCAUAGACACUUGCCUCAUCUUCUCAUAAGCGGAGGUGGCGACCGAGCCCUAUACUUUUGGGACUACCUAAAAGGAACGCUUCUCCAUCGCCUGGAUGUCUGGGAAGUCGUCCAUGGCUCCACAAAGGUUUCAAGUCAGCGACGUAAGUGGAAGAGAAUCGAGGUCAAGCGAGGAGAAGGCUGGCGAGCCCGUCGAAAGAGAGAGAGAGAAGAAAAGAAGCGUCUCAAAAGUCAGCAAAGUGGACAAGUUGAGCCGGCAAACAGCGACCAGGGCCAGCAAACGCAGUCCCCAGAUAGGACUUAUCAGGAUGAAGUCGAAAAUGAAGAACGAGACAUGAUCGAAGAUGAAGAAGACCAUGUGGGUGAUUCGUCAGAACGACAAGAGAUUGGUGGGGGAAUCAUUGUCAGCCAAGCAAGAGCGAGACUGCCUUCACUCGAAGAGGUGAUCGCAGUAUCCAAGAUCGAAACACUUUGCUUCAAAUCUCAGUAUGCCUUGCUCUUCUCUGCGUUUGGGUCGAAUGGAGUCUUCUUUGUUCCAUGUGACGCGAAUACCGGCCUUCCAUCACAGGAUUCACUGUUCGUUCAUUACUUCCCUGCGCCCAUCCUAGAUAUUGCCGUUCAUACGGUAAAAUCUCAUCCACGAGAAGAUCCGACAGAAGGCCCCGUCUCCCAAAUCUAUGUUUCGAUUGACACGGGGUUUUGUGCAGAGGAAGACGCGGCAGGCACGCCUAUGAGCACUAGGGAUCCUGAAAUGAACAAUGGUGCAACUGGGGUCUCCCGCGAGAAAACCACUUCGGAGAUAACGACGGACAUUAGAGAGACGGAGGAAAUUGAAGGAGAGGACAACGAGGGUGAAGGUGUCGGUAUGGAGGGGAUUGAAGGUACCGAUGGGCAGCAGCCGCCAGGGAGCACAACCUCCAAGGACAAUGAAACUCCGCAUAAGGGGCUCAGAAAGCAAGCAAGGAAAAAGUGGGCUGACAAGAUGGCAGAAGAGGCACGCAAACGGGUUGGCACAGAGGUGAACACUCCGACCAUUUCGGAAUCUGCACUUCCUGCUCAGUCAAGCGAAUUCAUUCCUACAUACUCGCCAUCUGAUGCCAACGCCAGCGCUGUCAAUAUGUCGUCUACUAGAACGGGUGUGGAGGUGGACGGGCCGGGAGGGAGUGGCAUCGGUACGGUCCGUAAAGGGCGGGAUGAGAUGACAGAUUCCGGAAAGACUGGAAGAGUUGAUGAUGGGGAUGAUGGGGAUAGUGGGCCGGCGACAAAACGGUUGAAGAAGGAAGUGGACGCCUGA